GUGGGUGGGUGUUGUAGAAUUUGGAUUUACCUGUAGCCGCAGGUAAUAACCUACACGGGAAGACGAAGGAGCAAGAACACUGUGAAAUUUACCGAAAUGAGUUUAGUCUUCAGUGGUUAGGGUUGGUAGCUAGCUAUUUGUCUUGAAAUCGGUUGACUUUGUUGUAAAGAAAACACAGUUGGAGAGUUGAGAAACCGAUACACACAAACUCGAUCCGAAGAAAGAACGUUUUCCGUACGGACUUCCGUAAUUUUAUCGGCGUCAAGAGUUAACAAAAGUAACCCAAGCGAUUUAUGCGGUCCCGGGAGCUUUGAGCCAUGCCUGGCCACAGCACAGGGGCUCCUCAGAAGUCCCGCCAUGACAAACAGCACAGGGGACACAGCACCAGGGCUGACGGCUACAAGCAGGGCCACACCAUCUCUAGAGACCGCAUCGCCAGCCAAGAGUCCUACAAGGACGCCCAUGCCGACCACAACACAUGGGAACAGUACAAUGGCGACCACACCCGUCACUCUGAAGGGCAGCAAGGCCGCAGAGGAGCCCCCUCGACACGACACGUCAACGGGCGGGGGUCAGAGACACUGGGCUUCAUCCCUGGCUCAGCAGACUCCCCCCAGAGCACAAAUGCAUGUGGCUCGUGUGCCUCUAUGGGCUGGAGUGGCUGCAAGGCGCUCCUUUGCUGUGUCCUCACCUGUGGCUUCUGUGGCAGCAGGGAUCUCUGUCUGCCUGUCAACAACGAGAGCUCCACGGAACACCCCAGCAAGGCCGACCCUGAGCAGCCCCACCCCCCCAACGGCGUGUCCAAGCCCACCUGCGGCAUCCCUCUGGAGUCCAGCAUCAAGCCUUCCAAGCAGCCCUCCAAGCUGCCUCCCAGUGACAGCUUCCGCUACAAGGACGUCCGCAUCGGGGGCCAGACGGUGGUCUAUCCCACAUCAUCGUCGGGCCCCAAGCGGACGCGUACGGGCGGAAAGGGCGACAGCCAGCGUCCCGUCAGCAACACCAGCACCAUCUACUCCCGGGAGGACCUGGAUCUGGACGACCUGAGAGACAGCGGCACGGACAUUGACUCGCUCAUCACUAAGAAACUUCUAGAGCUCUACGCGCUGCACCAGAUCGACCAACUGGCCAAGUGCACGUCUGACUCGUCGUUCUCAAGGAAGACCAAUGAGAUCAGCGAGCUGAUCUGCAGCAUUGCUCAGGACUACAACCUGGAGCAGCGGGAGGCAGAGUGCAGGCUGGUGCACGGCGUCAUCCGCAUCAGCACGCGCAAAGGCAAGAGGAACAAAAACUCCAACUCCCAGGCCCCGGAGCCAGUGCACCAGCAGCCGCGAGCAAACGGGGGGAACGACCGAGGGACCCUCCUUCCUGACAGUGGCAAUGAAACAAUGACGUACACCUUUAACAGCAGUGAGAUGGAGCCUGAGGUGAAAGUGUCAGAGCUGACACAGUCGGACGAACUAGCCAGGAAGAUGAGGUACUACAGUGGAAGAACUGACUCCUCCAGCUCAGCUACAGCCUACUCUCCCUACCAGCAUGACACAGAGACGGACUCGUCAGGGGUCCCACUGCUGCACGUCCUCUGAACGGCAUGACAAGGUCAACGCCAACGUCCAGGGCACGACGUUCUCAAGGGCCUCAAUCGAACUGGGGCCGGCUGUUGUGUGAUAGUGGGACAUGUUGCUCCUCCAACACCGCCAUUUUGCCUCCCUGGAACUAAUAGGACAUCCUAGAAUGACAGCGAGGCUCUUAAGUGUGGGGCUAUUGAAGCCAUCUCUUCUCUCUGGUGUGGAAUCAGCAUGUCCUUCCAAACCAUGGAACCGUCUGUGAUGGAGGCCUGCUUGGAAGGACGAGAUGGUGGCACCAGUCUACAGGUGCCCAAUUGGCACAUAUCUGAACAUUGGAAAAAAAACAAGGGGAUUUUAAUUUUUUUUUUACGGGAAGAUAACUAUGGACUCUUGUUGUGUAUUUGCAUGCUAUAUUGUAAGUUGUUUUUAUACCAGUUAUGUUGUUGCCCUGCCACUCCUAGCAGACACAAAUCACUCCAUGCAUUUUUAACUCCGUAUAACCGUCCCUGUUUUAGUGUGUGUGUGACAGUGUGUUAGGGCAAAUUGACCACCUACCAUUUGGACCCAGUAGCAGGUUUAGCUUCAUACUUUACUUUCAGUGUCAAAGGAGAUACUUUGUACUAAACUUUUUUCCAAGUGUACGUUGUUUUUUUGGUUUGUCUAAACAUCUCUUUUGAAAUUGGAAUAGGGGCAUUUUUUAAACUUUUUUUUUUUGUUGUCAAUGUAUAGGUACAUUUUUAUACAAAUAAAAAAAGCAAUGAAUACCCUUGCCUUUA